AUGGCCUCUCCAGUUUAUGCCGACCCGCAAUCUCUCAAUAUCCUUACCGAAACAUUGAACCAAACAUUCAUCGAGACCGGUCGAUUCUUUCGGUCAGGCGGCGGGGGCGCCUCCAAAACUCAACUUAAACGGUCUCUCCCUCGGGCCCAGGAGCAGUUCCAGAGCGCCUUAGACGAAUUGUCGGAACACAUUGUAUGCAAGAUGAGUGUCAACUUCAUCGCCAAGGCGUUCCUAGAACGAGAUUAUGCUGCUCUCCAGGCCAAAAAGGCAGCACUGAAGCCAGCAGAAGAUGUUGUCAUGGGCGAGUCCGAUAUCAAGCAAGAGCCCGAGACUCAGCCUCAGCCAGAACUCCCGACCAAUACAUCCCAGCCUGCGUCAAAGCCCGCAGAGGAAGCUGUCGGCGCGAGCCCCCUCCAAGCCAACGGGGAAUCCACGGUACCGCAACAGGAGGUCAAGGCGGAACAAAUCGAGGACACUUCCAAUCCAGGCAAUCAACCACUCUCUGGAACUGGAGAACUCAAUUUCAACCAGGCAGCAAAUGAUGCCAGCGCGCCAAAUGAAUUUGACUUGAAUCUCGACUUUGGGGACGAUAACAUUGGAAACGAGAACUUCCUCUCCGGGUCGAAUUUCGGUAACAUCGACCAAAGUGGACACAACGAACAAGACAAGAGUAACGACACCCCCACAAACAUAGCUUCGAAUGCGCAUGGUGAUACAGGUCAAGACACGAAUGUCCAAGCAGGCGGCGACGCAUUCGAUCUGGAAUUGCAAAAAGCGGGCGUCUUUACUGAACAGCAGCCGGAGGGCCAAUCAACCAACAACAAUAGCAACAACAACGGCAAUAAUGGCAACAGUGAAGAUGCCAUGGCCCUGGGGCAGUCCAGCUUCGAUGAACUGUUCAUGGAAAGCGAGAAUUUCGGAGGAGAAGGCAUGGGGGAUCCCAAUCUCCUGGAAGGGGACGGGUUGAUGAAUAUCAAUGAACUCGACGAUAGUUGGUUUACUUAG